AUGAAUAUUGUCGAAUGGGCAUUUGGGAAGCGCAUGACGCCGGCGGAGCGUCUGCGCAAACACCAGCGGGCCCUCGAUCGGACACAGCGCGAACUGGACCGGGAGCGUACAAAGUUGGAGAAUCAAGAGAAGAAACUCGUGCAGGAUAUCAAGAAGAGCGCCAAGAAUGGUCAGAUUGGAGCUUGCAAGAUCCAGGCUAAAGACCUGGUUCGGACUCGGAGAUAUAUUCAGAAGUUCUACCAGAUGCGCACCCAAUUACAGGCCAUCUCACUUCGCAUUCAGACCGUUAGAAGCAAUGAGCAGAUGAUGCAGUCGAUGAAGGGCGCAACCAUGCUUUUGGGAAGCAUGAAUCGACAGAUGAACCUCCCAGCCUUGCAACGCAUCACAAUGGAAUUCGAACGAGAGAACGAAGUUAUGGACGAGCGACAAGAGAUGAUGGACGAUGCGAUCGACGAGGCGACAGGAAUGGAGGACGACGAAUUGGAAGGCGAGGAUAUUGUCAAGGAAGUCCUCGACGAGAUUGGUGUCGAUCUGACCCAGGCGCUGGGUGAGACACCGUCGGGCGAGAUUCAAAAAGAAUCCACCGGUGGAGCUCGGGUUGCGCAGGCUGUUGGUGGUGGUGGUGGUGGUGGUGGAGGUGGCGAUGCUGGCGAUAAUGACCUCCAAGCGCGGCUGGACAGCCUGCGACGAUGA